AUGAGUUCUAAAGAGGCGCCGAUGCGCGCCUGGUUAAAGAUGGCCGGAUUGGCGAUGUCCAACAAGUCUUGGCUUUCGCUAGGGGAUUUUGCGGGCAUUUGUGCCAAAACGCCGCUCCCGAUGUGCUUUGUGGUGCAGACCUCGAGCCUUCCAGGAGGCAGCGUGGGGGCCACGCACUACGACCGCACACACAUGAACAUCGGCAUGGUGCCGCGCUGCUACUCGCGGACGGUGGACAUCGCGAAUACCGCGAUCUUCCAGCUCGGGAACGCAUUCGUUAACAUUCUGGCGCUCUGCGUCAUCUUGAUCAUCAGCUACAACAUCCGCUUCAAAUACACGGCGAUCGGGCGGUCGGAAUACGGCUACUUUUUCCAGCUAUGCUUUAUGCUUAUUUGCAUGACUCUCGUCGUGGACUGCGGGGUCUCGCCGCCGGGCACCCUAGCGUACCCGUACCUAGCCGCGCUCCAGAUCGGACUUGCCGGCGCGUGCUCGUGGGCACUUGCGGUGAUGGGUUUCCUCGGCUUCCGCCUCUGGGAGGACGGCACGCGGAAGUCGAUGUUAAUUGUGCGCGGCGUGUCGAUGGUAGGCUUCCUCCUCGGCUCGCUAGUCUCUGCCAUAACCUUCACAAAUUGGAUUCAGCACCACCCCGACAUGAAAACAAACACGACCGCGCUUUUCGUUGUAAUGUACGGCCUCAAUGGCCUCGCGCUCCUAAUGUACUCGGUGUGCCAGCUCGUGGUCUCCAUCUUCGUGCUCUCCAACUUCUGGAUGACAGGGUCGACCAUUUUGGGUGUCAUUUUUAUAACUACUGGGCAGGUGUUGAUGUAUACCAUCUCGUACGAGAUCUGCGAGGGCGUCAAGCACUACCUCGACGGGUUGUUCAUCGGCAGCAUUUGCAAUGUGUUCGCGUUGAUGAUGAUAUAUAAAACGUGGGACAUAUCCACCGACGAAGACCUUGAGUUCAGUGUCAGCAUCAGCGUCGAUGGCGACAUCAUGUACAACUCCAAUCUAAAGCUUUAG